AUGGACUUGACGCGCGACCCAAAGUCCGCGCUGGUCAACCUGAUGAUGAUCAGGUUCAGAGAGACAUUGGGGGCAGUUGAACCGCACAAAAGUGACUCGUCACUCGUGGCCCCCAUCCAGCUCGCCUGCGGCCUGAGAUGCUCUACUUACGCAACCUGCCUUGGAAAGUACAAUGUUGGGAGACUUAGUAAUCACCUCCAGAUGUACCUGCGUCAACCAGCUUCAAGCAGAGCUUGCGCGUCGGCGGCACAGGCUACAGAAUGGUGGGAAACACCCUGUGACUUCACCAUGCCAUCAUUGAGCUCCCUCUCUUAUCUUGCGAUCAGACUCAAUGACAAGGUAGCACCAUUCAGAAUGACAAGAGAGAAUAAUUUGUUGCUCAACCUUAUUGAUAUCGAUGCCCGGACGCCAGAGUUGAACUCUGUAUUGGGUCCUAAUGUUUACGGCACACAUUUGGCGUGCCCGAAGCCUCCUACCUCAGAGGCGCGAUGCCUGGAUGUAAUGGGGUUAAUUACCGGCUCGCGAAGUACCAUGCCGAUAUGGGAGAGGCAGGCAAGCAAGCCGUACGCCCCUGACAAUCUGACUGCUGAUCAGCAUAGUCGGCCAGCGGCACCGAGUAGCUACUUGUCUUUGACGAACAACUCCUAG